GUCAGUUACUGAAUAUCUACGAUUAAAACAGGUUUUUUUUUCGAUCUCCCAAGACGAUCUUGUUCUUCUUCGAUCUGCUUUCCACCAAAUUAAUUGUUGUUCGAAUCGUUAUUGACGGGCAAAAAAAAGUGGAAAGAAAAUGUAUAUCGGUUUGGAAAUUCUUUGCGGUAUAGUGAUAACGCUUAUCGCGUUCUAUUGCUAUUUAACGAUCAAUAACAAUUAUUGGAAAAAUCGUGGAAUACCUGGACCAAAACCCGUGCCUGGAUUCGGCAAUAUGAAAAAUGUGAUAUUUGGAAAGGAAUCGGUUUCACAGUUUCUCACGAGGAUGUACAACGAAUAUAAGGACGAGCCGAUGAUCGGAGUAUUUUCAAAAAGGACACCCGUUUUAAUCGUUAAAGAUGUAGAUCUUAUAAAGACCAUCCUGAUCAAAGAAUUCCCCAAAUUUGCGAAUCGAGGAUUAUUUCCAAUUUUCUCGCGAGAUCCAUUGACUCAUCAUCUGUUCAAUUUAGAGGUUGAAAGAUGGAAGCCGUUGAGAACACAAUUUACCCCGUUGUUCACUUCCAGUAAACUUAAAGAAAUGUUCUCCCUGAUUCUCGAGUGCUCGAACCACUUGGAAAGUUACAUGGACACGUUGAUAAAGAAAGGAGAGCCCAUCGAUAUGAGAGAAGUUUCGGCCAGAUACACAACCGAUGUCGUUGGAAGUUGCGCUUUCGGGAUAGAUAUGAACUCCCUCUCGGAAAAAGAGAGCGUAUUUCGUCGCCUCGGCAAAUUAAUCUUCGCCACGAAUUUGCGAAAGAUAUUAAGCAUUAGGAUCCAGGAUAUGUUGCCAUGGUUGUACAAUUCAUUCCUCUACGUAUUGCCACGAGACGAGAAAACGAGAAUCAUCAUGAAACUCAUGACCGAGACGAUGGAAUACAGAGAGGAGAACAAUGUUUUCAGGCCCGACUUUAUAAACAUGCUGUUGAACCUCAAGAAACAUCCGGAAAAGAUUGACAUUGAGUUGACGGACGAUUUAUUAGCGGCCCAAAUUUUCAUUUUCUUCGCGGCAGGUUUCGAAACUUCUUCGUCAACGAUUAGCAACGCCCUUUACGAAUUAGCUUUGAAUCCGGAUAUCCAGGAGAAGCUGCGAAAAGAAAUCAAAGAAUUCGAAGCUAGAAAUAAUGGGGAGUGGAGAUAUGAAAUCAUGAAAGAAAUGGAAUACUUGGAAAAAGUUUUUCAAGAGACUCUGAGAAAAUAUCCAUCUUUGCCGUUCUUGAAUAGAAAGUUAAUAAACGAUUAUACCUUCGAAAGUAACAAUGUAACAGUUUCCAAAGAUUUAAAGAUUUGGAUACCGGUUUACGGGAUUCACCACGAUCCAGAUAUAUAUCCGGAUCCAGAAAAAUUCGAUCCUGAAAGAUUCUCGAAGGAGGAGAUAAUGAAAAGGCAUCCUAUGCAUUUUUUACCUUUUGGACAUGGACCAAGAAAUUGCAUUGGUGCACGAUUUGCGGUAUACCAAACAAAGAUCGGAUUAAUAAAGAUUCUUCGUAAUUUCGAGGUGCAGGUUUGCAACAAAACGUUAAUUCCUUACAAAGUUAAUCCGUAUACGUCUCUUUUAAUACCAAUAACGGGUUUAUACUUGAAUGUUGUUAAGUUGGAAAAUUAGUAUUGUUUUUUUUAUUAUUUUUUUUAAAUUUUUUAUUUUUUAUAAUUACUCUUUAAUUAUCGAAUAUGUAAUUGUAUAAAUCUAAAUCUUAUAAAUAUUUAUUCGGAAAUAUUCUUUAAUUUGUGUACAUUGAAUAUGAUGAUAAGAAAUCAGUUUAAUUGUAAAUGAGAUAUAUUAUUGAUAAUAAUUUAAAUUAUCUUUUAAUGUAUAACAUAUAUAACAACAAGAUGCAACGUUGUUUCCAAAUUAUGUCUAGUUUCGAAGAGAUUUUUUUUUCUUUUUAAAAAAUGACAAAAUUAAAUCAAAUCCUCGUGUCCAUAUAUAUAUAAUCAUUGAUUUAAAUGAUUUCGAUUUUAUUAAUAUUAAUAAUAAUAAGUAUGUUGCAAUAAUAUAACGCAUGUAAUAUUAUUCUUAAUCUUAUUUUUAAAAUAUUAACAAGUAAUAAUGGCUCUUGGAAAAUAUUUAUUAGUUUGCAAUUUAUUUACGGUUAAUAAAAAAAAAAAAGAUGAUGAUUAACACUGAAAUUCAUGAAUUUCUACGAUUUGAUAUUUUUCAACAUCAUACGUUGUUUAAUAAAAAAUAUCUUUAAUAAGAAAAUCAUAUAAUCAUCGAUGAAAUUAUCAAUUAUAUUUGAAUGAUAAUAAAUAUAAUUUAUACUGAUACUUGAUAACACAAAAUUGCAUAUCUUAUAAAUAUUAUGAACGAACAAUUAUCAUAAUUCGCUGAGAUUGUUGAUAUGAGAUUGUAAUUAUCAUGUGAAUUGUUAUUAUCAUGUAAAAUUAACUCAUCACAAUGUAUAUAAUUAAUAUGCACAAAUUCAGAUACAUUAUACAUACAUAUAUAUAUAUAUAUAUAUUAUUGGAAAAA